UCUAAUAUUUCGUUUUGUGUCAUAUAUAUAUUUUGAUUUUUAAGUAAUUUAAUAAAUUGUGGUAAAUAUUUAUAUUCUGAAUUAUUUUGGAGAAAAAAAUAUUCGCGAGAAAACAUGUAACUGUGUUGCAUUAAGGAUAGUUUUUAGAUAAGGAUAGAAAGCACCAAGUAUGAUAACAGAAGUUUUUAGUUUUUCAAUUUUUACUGAUAACGCUGACUGUGAAUGCCCCACUACUGACUCUACUCCAGCUCACAUAAGAAUGUGUACUUUAUUAACAUAGCAUAAGACAUACAAUCCAAUGAGUUAAGAACGUAAGGUUGUUAUUACGUAGUGGGGCAGUGCUAUACUCAUUUCACUCUUCAAUCCGCCAUUGCAACUCUAGAGCCAGUAUCGGUAUUUCGCGUCUGCGCUCAGUUGUGCUUAGAAUACUUGAGCAUUUUGAGCUUAAAAUACUCGUGCAACGAACUGUGAGAGUGUAUACCAAGUUCUGUGGUUAUUGUGACGUGAUACAACUUUAUCAAUACUUUUAUAUAAAUCAAGUGUAUUCAACUACGAAUAUUUCGCAGUUUGCACUAUGGCACCGAUUGCAACUUACGUGUUUUUCGAUCUUGGAACGACCGGUCUACGUGAUACAGAUCCUAAAAUAACAGAGUUACACAUGAUAGCGAUUAGAUGCGACAAUCUUCGAAAAUAUUUUCGGGAAGGAGGCGAAGAAUAUGAUGCAAAACCUCCAGCUUGUGAAAAAUUCCACUGCCGACGAGAAAAUGAUGUGAUGUGGUUUAUCAGUCGAGAAGGAGAGGAUUACGACUUCUACGAGAAUUGUAGCCUGAAGGAUGAGACAGUCAGUUUUCUUGAAGAUUUAGAAAAACCUGUGUGUCUGAUCGCUCAAAACGGAAAUAAAUUCGAUUUUCCUUUAUUGAAAGAUGAACUAGCUGAUGCCGAAGGAUUUUCACCGAAAGAAAUCGUCUGUGCCGAUUCAAUGGCCGCUUUCUAUGAUAUUCUCGAACCGGAUUCUAGAAAGACUUCUUAUAAGGAACGGAAAAGAGGAUCUUUCCCAUGGCCUGAUUAUCAUUCUGGUAGAAAGACGUAUCGCUUGGAAGAAGUAUAUAAAAGAAAGUUUCAAGUUAAGCCUAUUCUAGAAGGUGCAAAGGAUCGCAACAAGGCGCUGGUAAAGAUUGCUUUGCGUCAAGGCUUCGAAUUCAUGCUUUGGGUGGCUGAAAACAACAAGCCGUUGACUUCUUUUUUUUAAGUGUAAUUUAACAAGAAUAAUGCCAUGUAAUUAAGGAAGUAAUCUAUGUG